AUGUUUCAAGUGCAACCACAAGAUGAUGCCCGAGGUGGCACGGACUGCAACCAUUUCCGCUUCAUCUCCACCGAAACCGAGUCCAUCGAGUCGUCCGUAGACAACUCAUUGAAGAACCUCCAAUCGAUACAUGCACAGCUCAAUGCCCAGGGAGACGAAUCUGUGCCCGCUCUUAAUCCAGACACGCAUGCGACCGCUUCGUCCGUCACCGACCAUGUCGCGGAGCAGUGGCACAUGUUCAAGCAACAGGAGAAGCAAAUAAAGACCCUUGGCACUCAAAUCGAACCGCAUUAUCAGCCUCACACCCUCCUGAACCAUCCUCCGUCUCCCGCCGAUGUCACGCUCGAGCUCCUCCUCGCAUCCGAAGCCCACCAGGGCCACGUUACUUCGCUGUGGAACCCCGCAAACGCGCGCUACAUCCACGGAAUAAGGCAGGGCAUCCACAUCAUCUCACUCGAAGUCACAGCCGCGCAUCUCCGGCGGUCCGCAAAAGUGGUCCAGGAAGUAUGCAGACGAGGCGGCAUGGUGCUGUUCGUCGGCACGCGUGACGGACAAGACAGAGCAGUCGCCCGGGCCGCUGAACUCGCAAAGGGAUACCACCUAUUUGAGCGCUGGAUACCAGGUAGCAUCACCAACGGCCAGCAGAUUCUCGGCCGGUGCAAGACCAAGGUCGUCAACGAGCUGGACGAGGAAGUACCUGGCUUCGAGGAGCAGUUGUUCAACCGAUCCGUACUUAGGCCUGAUCUCGUCGUGUGUAUGAACCCGCUGGAAAACUAUGUCUUGCUGCACGAUCACCGCUGCAUACAAGUCAUCGCCGGCGUCCUCGGUCGCGCAGGCGAAGCCGGACAAAAACUGCGUCUUGCAGCCGCUAAACGGGGAUCCAUCACAUACAGCCCGGCAAGGGACCUAGUCAUGCCUGGCACCGAGGACGAGGACAGCACAAGUAUCGAGGCACCAACGGGGCGGUUGGGCGACAAUGCGAAUACAGACGAGUUGGAGGCGAAGCUAGACGAUGUCAAAAAUCGUGAAGAUCAUCGGCUGAAGGGCGGGAGAGGGCUCAAGGAGGAGGCGUAAAUAGAGCUAGUAGGGACAUGUUACAAUGAUUAUGUAUAGCAUGUGUUGUAACUGGUGGUCUGUUGUAAAUGUCACCGGCAUGCAAUGGUAUACCCCACUUGACUGACGAGCAAAAGUAAAGAAUCGGGUUGUAUUACAAUGGCCUACGAAUGCCACCCUAGCAAUGAAACUGAACAUCAUCCACCG